GGGAGGAGGGAGUGGGAUGCUGGGCGAGCUGGUGGCUGGGGCAACGGGGGGGCUCGUCCUCAUCGAGGACACCAUUGAGUGCGAGGGCCGCAGCCUGCUCAAGACCUUUGUGGCAGCUUCAGCGCACAGGGGGGAAUCCGUCCACGUUUUCGGCUUUGAAAUCCCCGAGGAAGAGUUCCGGGCCGGGUUUGACCCCGAUGUGACUGUGCGGUUGCUAUACCAGGAUGGCUUCACAGAUCCCCUGCGCUGGACCGGGGAGGCCGGGGGCUUCAGCGGGGAGGAGUUCACAGCGCUGGGAGUCUCGGGGCAACUGGCCAGGGGACCCGCGGGACCUGCCACCGUCGUCCUGGACUCGCUCAGCUGGCUUCUGCUGCGCCAGCCUCUGCCCGCCGUCUGCCAGGCGCUGGGACGGAUCCCGAUGGCGGCUGCCAGCGCAGGCCUGCGUGUGACGAGGAUCCUGGCCUUGCUGCAUGGCGACCUGCACCCGCCGGGCCUGGUGGAGACCCUCCGCUCCCUGGCUCGAGCCGUGGUGGGGGUGGGGCCAGCCCCUGAGGGCGUGGGGAGUGGGGGGGAUGCCCCCCGGCUGGCCUCCAUGCUCCAGCGUAAGGAGACCGGGAAGGUCCUCGAGAAGGUGGGGGAAGGCAGGCGGAGACGGGAGGAGGCCCUCGCGGCUGGCCCGGGAGUCACGUCCUGGUGCCCCCGGGGCCGGCGCCAGACCCGUGGGGCGGGGGAAUCCGUGCCCUUGCCAAGGGAUGACAGGUGCUGGGGGCUGUUUGAGACGGGAAAGCAGGUGAUCCAGUACCAGACGGUUCGCUAUGACGUGCUCCCUCUGUCCCCGGCCGCACGCAACCGGCUCAACCAGGUGAAGCGGAAGGUCUUGGUGCUGGACCUGGAUGAGACGUUGAUCCACUCCCACCAUGAUGGGGUGAUGCGACCCACGGUGCGUCCCGGGACCCCUCCCGACUUCAUCCUCAAGGUUGUGAUAGACAAACACCCCGUCCGCUUUUUUGUACAUAAGAGGCCGCAUGUGGAUUUUUUCCUAGAAGUGGUGAGCCAGUGGUACGAGCUGGUGGUGUUCACGGCCAGCAUGGAGAUCUACGGCUCCGCGGUGGCUGACAAACUGGACAACAACCGGAGUAUCCUUAAGAGAAGGUAUUACCGGCAGCACUGCACUUUGGAGCUGGGCAGCUACAUCAAGGACCUGUCGGUGGUGCACAGCGACCUGUCGAGUGUCGUCAUCCUGGACAACUCGCCGGGCGCCUACCGGAGCCAUCCAGACAACGCCAUCCCCAUCAAGUCGUGGUUCAGCGACCCCAGCGACACCGCCCUGCUCAACCUGCUACCCAUGCUGGAUGCCCUGAGGUUCACAGCAGAUGUGCGGUCGGUGCUGAGCCGGAACCUCCAUCAGCAUCGCCUCUGGUGACGUCAGCACCUCCUUUCUUCGGGCGGGGGCCCCUGACCUCCGCCGGAUCCCACCUCUGCCACCACCACAGUGUGGACUCCGCCAUCGUUUUCUGAACUCUGGAGAAGAGCGGGGGGGUAUGCCCCCCAAUUCCCCACCAACAAAUGACUCUCCCCCCAGCCCCCAUGCCAAGAAUGGGCGGGGACUGACUCGGAGGGCGGAGCUUAUCCGGCAGCUGGACAAAGAAAGGGGGUGUGCAACUCUACGGCGCGCGGAUGGACGUGUCCGAUCAGGCUGGGGGGGUCUGGUUUUACAAGACCCCUGCCCCUCUCGGCCUUGUACAAAGACCUCAUUUUUUCUUUUCGUUUCCUUUUUCGUUCUGUUCUUCCCUCCACUCCUCCCCGGGCUGGAGCCGCUCGAUUUUUUUUUUGGCCCGGGGGAGGUCUUGGGGCUCGGAUGACCCUUCUCUGUUGGUUUCUUUCCUCGGACUCUGGGGGGGAAGGAAAACCCGGGAGAGAAAUUAUAGCCGCUGAGCAAGGCCAGAA